GUGCCUCGCCCGCACCGGCCCCCGGCUGCGUGCGCCACUGCCGUUUCUUUGUGCAGCAGGCCCCCAGCCCCAUGCGCCGGGGGCCCUGGUGUCUUUGAGCCCAUGCACUGGCUUGUUGCGUUGUCAUUUUGCUGCCGGCGCCUCUUCGGCCACUCGCUGCCGGGUUGCGCGCCUCUCGUGCCGACUGGUCGGCGUCGGGGCGCGGCGGCGACAGUGCAGUGUGCACUCCAGCUGUGCCGAUUGGAAGCACGGGGCACUCCAGCGGUGCCGAAAGAAGUAGCUGGAUCUGAACGUCUCAUCGUGGAGGUGAAGACGUCGCGUUUCAAAUGUUCAUAGCGGGACGACGAGACCCAUUAUCGAUGAAAAAUGCACGAACGCUGGGGAGCAACAGAAUGAACGGAGUGUGCAACAAAAACACUUUUAGACAAAGGGUUCAGAGGGGAUGCUGACAUGCAAACUACAUGUUGACAAGAGAGGCCGGAGAUGAUGGCACCACUUUCAGUUAGUGAAGCAUACCAGAAGUCGUGGUGACGAGUACGGAAGACUAGGAGUGACAACAAAUCAGAUAUGCUCUUGCUCCUGCUUAGCUGUAUACUAGUGCGCGCGCAUGGAUUGUGACGCGGCAGUCUGCGGCCGUUUCUUCAAUGAUGGCCUGCGUUGGUUGUACAUAACACCGGC